UUAGCAGUUAGAAUAACUUUGCACAUUUUAUUUCCGCCAUGAUUAACCCUUUAUAUUAUUUAACAACAGAAAAAAAACUAAACAAACUUAAUAAGAAAAAAGUCAAUUUCGAAGAUGCAGUAGAGAUUGUAUCUCGUCUGGAUUCUUCUUCAGAUAUUGGAUUUAUUUGUCUGCAACUGGUAUCAAUUAUAUUGGAAAAAUGAAUGACUACAUUCCAAUAAAACUGGCUUAUGACGUCGCAGAACCAAUGUUUGGUCGUGAUGAAAAUUUGUGCCCAAUAAUAUUCAUCCAUGGUUUUAAUCAGUCUAAAGAAUUGUGGCAUCAGAUUCCUUACGAGAUUGCAAAUGAAACACACAGAAGAGCAUAUGCAUACGACAUAAGGAAUCAUGGUGACAGUCAAUGGUCUAAUACAUUUAAUUGUGAUCUCAUGCUUAGAGACCUACAACAUUUCAUGAAUUCAAAUAAAAUACAGAAAGCUAUAAUCAUAGCACACAGUCUUUCAGCAUAUGUGGCUCUGAAAUUCGCUAUAACUUCGCCAGAAAGAGUUGAAAUGGUAAUAGCAGCAGAUCCAUUAAUUGGAAUAGAGACAAAAGAAGAAAGGGAUGCAAGCGUGCCCUAUGGUUUGUUAUGGGCAGAAGCUAUCAGAAAAGUGCCACCUUUUACGACCAAAGAUAUGGCAAUAAAACUUGCGGUUGAUUAUAUGUACGAUCAAAUACCACCGGAAAAACAAGAGACUCUCAGUGAUAAAGAACAUUUAUACCAGUGUAAUUAUAUUCUUAAUCAUAAGGACGAUGGCAGCUAUGAUGUAAAACUCAACGUUGAAGUCGUAAUAGAAAGCUUUAAGACUGAUGUGAGGUUAUAUCCAUUAGAAGGUGUCUAUGAAGGGCCAGCUUAUUUUAUAAAUGGAAGCAAGUCUUAUUUUAAAGUUUAUGAGAAAAAAGAAGAAAUAUUGAAACACUUCCCCAAAGCUGAGCUUUUCUUAAUAAAUGGUGCUUCACAUCAUGUUCACAUUGAUGCAACUGAAGAAUUCAUACAAUUACUUUUCAAAAUUCUUGUAAAAAAUUGAAAAUUUUCAAAAUAUUUAAUAGAGUUAAAUAGACAAAUAGUAAUAAAAUGGUACUGAAAAUUAAAGUAUACAAAUUAACAAAUAUUUUUUUAUGAAUAAAAUACUGUGUUUUUUACUGCCUGUGUAUGUACAAUCCUUUAGAAUUAUGAAACCUGUAUAAAUCUGACACAAAAAAUAUCCACAGUAAGUUGUAAGAUUACAAAAGAGUAUUAGUUUCUUUCUUAUUUAAAUGUUAAAUUGUGACAAUGAUU